UCUCCCGGGCGUCCACGGUCCCAGAACCGGAAGUCGCUGCUCAGCCCCGCCCUCCCGUUCACCGUCCGGACUACCGAGAGGUAGCCAUGACUGCGCGCGGGACUGCGAGCCGCUUUCUGACCAGCGUCCUCCAUAACGGGCUUGGUCGCUACGUGCAGCAGCUGCAGCGCCUCAGCCUCAGCCUCAGCCGGGAUGCGCCCUCGUCCCGCGGCGCCAGGGAGUUCGUGGAACGCGAAGUGACGGACUUCGCCCGACGGAACCCUGGGGUCGUCAUAUACGUGAACCCGCGCCCGUGCGCGGUGCCCAGGAUAGUGGCAGAAUACCUUAACGGGGCUGUGCGCGAGGAAAACAUCAACAGCAAGUCGGUGGAGGAGAUCACGUCGCUGGUGCAGAAGCUGGCCGAGCAGUCCGGCUUGGAGGUGAUCCGCAUCCGCAAGCCCUUCCACACGGAUAACCCUAGCAUCCAAGGCCAGUGGCAUCCCUUCACCAACAAACGGACAGUCCCCCGCGGGCUGCGUCCCAGAGAACUUCAGGAUCCUGCUCCAACUUCGGUACAUGCACAGUGAAGAAGCAGACUUUGGGCCGUGAAAGUGAUAGGAUUGGUUCCUCUUUCAGAUUUCAAGCUCAGGCAAAUAGGUGGAGCCUGCUGAGGGGGCCGUGGCCCGAGAGAAAGAAGAGCUAUUUCCAUUGCCCACUACUAGGUACCUUGUGAAUACCCUAAUUCUGAUUCAGGUAGCCUCCUUGCAAGCAGAGAUAUGAGAAAACUUUCAUGUGUUGUACAGGGACUUUGUUUUCUAAAAUCCAAAUAAUGAUUUCAAAACAGUGAAGGAUCUUGAGGCUGUCUCCUGAA